AUGAUUAGUAACGCUCCCAUACACAAGAAAGGCAAAGACACAAUGGCUCCCACAAACCCCUUCUCCUACCCGUCCACCUACAACAACAUCGCCAUCACUCCUAACACCACAGUCUCCUACAUUUCCGCCGGCUCUCCCACUCUCCCCACCCUGCUCCUCCUCCACGGCUUUCCCUCAUCCUCAAACCAAUUUCGCAACCACAUCCCCCUCUUAUCCACCACCUACCACGUCCUUGCGCCCGACCUCCCCGGCUUCGGGUUAACAACCUUCCCCCCAGAAUAUGACUUCACCUUCGACCACCUAGCUCUCACAAUCAGCGCGUUCCUCACCGCCCUCAACAUCGGCACCUACGCCAUGUACAUCUUCGACUACGGUGCCCCAGUCGGCCUGCGCCUCGCUCUCAGCAAUCCAUCAUCCAUCAAAGCGAUAAUUUCUCAAAAUGGCAACGCGUACGUCGAAGGACUCGGCCAUCCAUUCUGGGACCCGAUCGAAGCGCUCUGGGCCGACCCUUCGCCUCACAACUACGAAAUCGUCCGCAAUGGCGUCUUGACCCUCGAAGCGACAGUGUACCAAUACACGUCCGGCGUCCCAUCUGAUGGCCUGCCUCUCGUCAACCCGGCCGCAUAUACAUACGAUUACCUCAAGAACGUCCAGACACCAGCUGAUCAAGAUCGCCAACUAGCUCUGUUUUAUGACUACCGUAACAACGUAGCAAUGUAUCCUGCAUUCCAAGCUUAUUUCCGCGAAUCACAGGUACCGCUGCUGGCUGUAUGGGGCAAGAACGACCCUGCAUUCGUACCAGCGGGUGCGGAGGCUUUCAAGAGGGACUUGCCGAGGGCAGAGGUGAAAUUUGUGGAUACGGGACAUUUUGCGCUGGAGACGAAGGUGGAGGCGAUUGCUGAUGAGACGUUGCAGUUUCUGAGGAGAGUCGGAUACUGA